UACGAAAGAUGGCGGAAGGUGGAGGGGAAGAAGAAAACCCCUUUUCUUUCAAGAAGUUUAUGUCUAAAACAGAUAAAAAGGAAAGAACGGAAAAUGAAGAUAAAGAAAAUAGCAACGACGACGUUGAUGUUGAGUUACUUCCGGAUAUCAAUCUAUCGAGUCAAAUCAAAGAAAAGGCGUCCGUCGUGAAAGAAGAACAAAGUUCUAAACCAAAGAAAAAAGGAGGAGAUGACAAUCCAUUUUCAUUCAAACGUUUUCUGGAAUCGAGCAGUAAUGGAGCUAGACCAAAAUCUGUUAGUAACAGGUCAAGUACCAGUCCACCUGCACCAAGACAUUGUGUUGAUGGCAGCCCCAGUUUGUCCAGGAACACACCAGACUUUGCCAGUGACUUGCCAGAUUUUGUCCAGGACCAUUUCAGUGACUUAGAAAGAGAACGAUUGGGAUCAAGGGAUCUAGAACUACCAGAUUUUACAUUGAACCAAUUUUCAAAUUCAAGUGAUGGCCUGGGAGAUGUAGCACCCCCCUCCCACCUGAUGGGAGGGGGAAGUAGGAGUCGCACCUCUAGUCACGGUAGAGUCACCCCACAAGGGGAUGGUGGGAUGGACAAUGUUAAUGACCUGGUGCAAGAUACGUCAUCACAAAUUCCCACUAGUUUGCCAGAUUUUCUGUCGGAUGGAGUGUUUAAUAAUUCAGACAGUAUACACAACAGUGAUGAGACAACAUACCAUCCAAGUUCAUGUAAUAGUCAUGGCAUCUCGUCAGUGAGAGAAGGUGUGGCGUCACUAGAGAUAAAUGGAGAUUUUGAGCUUGAACUACGAAGGUAUCGAGAAGAAAACAAUUUGCUACGCCAGCAGUUGGCGGAAGCUCGACAGGAAGCUGUGAUGGAGACGCAGAGGUGCCAUAAGAUGAAGAAAGACAUGGAGAUUUUACAGAAGAAAGAGGCUGAAGACACUGCAGCUCUAGAGAGAAUGGUGCAACAGGUGGAGGCUAACUUAACCACAACUACGCAAAGAGCUGUGAAGGCCGAGAAUACUGUGUUACGACUCCAGACAGAAGUAAAAACAUUACAGGGCCGGUUGGCCAGUAUGCGUAUAGAGAACGAGAUACUAAGGUCUGGAGACAGAGGAUUGGCAGACAUCAGACAAAGAACCAGUCAUGUAUCCCAGCAAUUGUCUACAGCAGCUUCUGCAGCUGAACAAAACAUCAGACAACUUUUACAAGGAGUGGAGAACCUCCGACAAUUCUCACAAAUAUUGUCAUCAGUUGAGAAAAUCACAGAGGAACCAUUGGAGCAACAAGAACCAGGCAGUCAGUCACAGCAGAACAGCCAAUCAGAGAAAAGUAAGAGUCACAAAUCAGAAAAGAAUAAAAGUUGCCAAUCACAGCACAGAAAAGCCAAGUCUCCAGAUGAUGAAGAUAGCCAAAACAAGGAUUCUCCAAAAAUUGAAAAAGACAGAGAUGAAGAUGUUACGUGACUAUGACAUUGGUUGUGAAGGAAGUUUGAUGUCAUUGUGUUGGCGGAUUAUUUUUGUAUCGAGAUGACAUGCUGCACAUGUAUUGUUGAUUUAAUUAUGUACUUAAUGCUUAAUAUUAUUUAAUGGGGUGAGCUUGAGAUGUUAUGUUAACAACUUUGGCAAUUUUGUUCCUGAACCUUUAUUUAAAAGCUGCUCCUUCAAAAUUUAAUCACAAGUUUUGAAGCAGGUGUUAUUUAGCAUUAAGGGAGUGUUUGUCAUGUUGCUGAACCUAGUUGGUGACUGAUUAACAGACUGUGCUUAUUUUGAAAUUUGUUGUUUAUUUGAUUUUCUGUGCUGCAUUAAACUAGUGGAUAAUAAACAAUAAACAUCGAAGGGAUAAUUCAACUGAAUACUGGACAUAUAUUUUUCAUGUGAAUAUUGUAGAUCCUAUUUAUCUAAUAUCAGGAGAUUACUUGAAUUUGUAAUAAAUUCCACACUUUUCCUUACCUUGUUAACCUAAGAUUGUAUUAUUUAUUGAAGAAUCAGAACAAAUUCCCUGCCUGUUUCUAAGAAAUAAAAAGAGGUAGGCAACAUUUUCGGACAAACUUAUGUACAUCAGGUUAAAAACUUUGCAAAAGCUGAAAGUUUAAACUGUUUAAAACUUUAUUUUAUCGUCAAUACAUUACAGUAGAUAAAGUACAGGUGUACUCAUAUUCAUCUAUUUUCUUGAUUUAUCUGUUUCCCGUACCCCUCUAAUAACUACAAGGUGUAUGUCAUUGUCUUUAUACAGUACAGUAAACGGGUCAUGUUGACCUUCUGUCAAGUGUCGUAUCAAAUCACUAAACAAGAGUAAUUAGUUCAAUAUAAUAUCUUGGUAUACACAUGUGUGUUAUAUUUAUUAUCCCAUAACUCAUAUUCUGAACAGUAUUUAUGACAAUUGUAUGACAUGGCCUAAAUAUGCGGUUUAUUGGAUAAGUAUAUGUGACAAAUUCAGUGCUUGGUUAAAAUGAUUAAUGUGUUACUGUGAAAAAUAUACUUGUACCCGUUGUACGCUACAUCACCUAGCAAAGAUGUGUCAGGCCUUACAGCUGCAUAACAUGAAAUUACCUUGUUUAAACUUUCUUUCUUGGUUUGGAGCUUUCAAAUCAUUUUGUGGAUACAAACUCGUGGAGGGGCUGCGGUGACUAAGUGGUUAAGGUGUCCCGACACUUUAACACUAGCCCUCCACCUCUGGGUUGCGAGUUUGAAACCUACGCGGGGCAGUUGCCAGGCACUGACCAUAGGCCGGUGGUUUUUCUCUGGGUACUCCGGCUUCCCUCCACCUCCAAUACCUGGCACAUCCUUAAAUACCCUGGCUGUUAAUAGGACGUUAAACAAAAACUAACCAAACCGAACAAACUUGUGGUUAGCCAAUGCAACAAAGAUAUAACAAAUGCACCUACAACAGUAUUGUAUUUAUACAUAUUUUUAUUUGUGGUUCCAUAGCAACCAUGAAAACAAUGAAUGUUUUUUAUACACAAUGAAAGUUUGUUAUACAGUAUUUAGUUUCCCAGUUUUUGAGUACGGAAGCUGACAUGGGGAUAUGUGGCAUACUUUGCAUAAGUCAAAGUAUUUCAAUAUCACUUGUAUAUACAUGUAUAUUGUAUAUACUCAGCCUUGGACAGGCCUCACAUACUUCUUUAGCUAGUAUACUGUCAGCUGUUUCAUUAUGGAGAAGAAUAAAACAUCUAACUUAAAAUUCACACUGUAAAAAAUUUCAGUUUCCAUUUGUAAUAGGAUAUACAUAUAUGUAGUAAGGAAAAGAGAACCAUCAACUUUACUAGUGACCAGAACUUUUGAAUCUUGUUAUUGGAGGAAUGUUUUUUUCUUUAAUAGAAGCAAUAAUAAUUUUUUUAAGCAUACAGGGGAGAUAAUUCUUCAAUUAUUAGGAAAUAUUGCAAUCGUUGGAUUCUAAGUACAUGAUAUUUUUCCUGUGAUUUUGCUUGCUUGUUUUUGUUUUUAUUUUUAAUGUUCAAAUAAUAAUUUUUGCAUAAAUCUUAAUGAAGACCAGACAUUGAUUUGGUUCUACUCAUUCUUUCUUUUUAUCUUGUUUGAACCUUUUUGAGUUUUUCUGUUUUAAUUAAAAUUUAUCUAAACAUAAUGUAAAGGUAUAACAGGCUGUUGAAUGAAACCUCCUUCAAAAGUUGUAAUUGUGACCACUGAUUACUUGUUCAUUUUAAUAUGAUAGUAAAAAAACUGUCGGCCACUUAUAAUUUCCGUGCACAGUACAAUGUUUAUUGUUAAAAUGUUAUUUUUUUACUUUCAAAAUCACCAAGGAUCCAGAUUAGAACCUAAUGACCAUUAUAUUGAUUAAAACAAACUGUCAUUCUGCUAUAUUACUGGUAGGGCAAUUUGAAAUGUAGGUACAUGAAACUCUAAUUAUGUAUUCCUGUCGAUAUUUCAACACUAGUCUCAAAAACAUCUGUAAUCUUAAAUUUCUGUAGUGAUGAAAGAAAUCAUUUAUCUGUUCCAAUUUGUCAAAAAAACUCUUUUCUGUCAAUGCUGUGAUUUUGAUAAGAAAUGUGAAAUACUCAUUAUUCAUAAAACUAAGUGUAAUUCCAGGUGUGUAUAUUAAGUGUAAUUACAGAUUUAUAUAUAAAGUGUGAUUACACAUUUGUACAUUAAGUGUAAUUACAGAUUUAUAUACUGUAUCAAGAAGUGUGAUUACAUAUUUAAAUAUUAAUCGUGAUUACAGAUUUGUAAACUAAGUGUAAUUACUGUUUUGUAUAUUAAGUGUAAUUGCUGUUUUGUAUAUUAAGUGUAAUUACUGAUUUGUAUAUUAAGUGUAAUUACAGAUUGGUAUAUCAAGAGUAAUUACUGUUUUGUAUAUUAAGUGUAAUUACUGUUUUGUAUAUUGAGUGUAAUUACUGUUUUGUAUAUUAAGUGUAAUUACAGAUUUAUAUAUGAAGUGUAAUUACAGAUUUCUAUAUUAAGUGUAAUUACUGUUUUGUAUAUUGAGUGUAAUUACUGUUUUGUAUAUUGAGUGUAAUUACUGUUUUGUAUAUUAAGUGUAAUUACAGAUUUAUAUAUGAAGUGUAAUUACAGAUUGGUAUAUUAAGUGUAAUUACAGAUUGGUAUAUUAAGUGUAAUUACAUAAUUCUAUAUUAAGUGUAAUUACAGAUUUCUAUAUGAAGUGUAAUUACAGAUUUCUAUAUUAAGUGUAAUUACAGAUUGGUAUAUUAAGUGUAAUUACAUAAUUCUAUAUUAAGUGUAAUUACAGAUUUCUAUAUGAAGUGUAAUUACAGAUUUCUAUAUUAAGUGUAAUUACAGAUUGGUAUAUUAAGUGUAAUUACAUAAUUCUAUACCAAGUGUAAUUACCCUGGUGUACCGUUAUAUCACAUGUAAUGAAAGCUUGUUUCAACAAGCAUAAUUACACCAGUGUAUGUCAAGUAUAACAAAUACAUGGUAAUUUUGUGUUCAUUCUGAAUCAUGCACUUGUUUUACUGGAAAUCAACUUCUGUGAUUGGAAUAUGUUUAGUAUUAAAUAUCUAAAUGAUUGUAGAACUAUGGAUUGUGAUGAUCAUUGUAAUUUACCAAUUGUGUAGCAAGGAUACCACUGAUAAACAUGGAAGCCCAUGCUUUGUAAUAAGCCCACCUCGGAGAGUCGGGUUUUACUGGUAGUAACAGUUCACCAGAACAAGUUGACAUAGUAGGUUCUCUUGCUCAUUUGACCAGAUUUAAGCCCCUUGUGCUGAUGUAUCACAAGUAAGAUACACGAACAGUUUAUGUGCAAUUAUCAUGAAUGUGUCUGGCUGAUUUUAUGUAUGAAUCUGUGAAUGUUUUGAGAGAUGUGAGAGUGCUUGUUUACUAUGAAGACAGAUAUUUGCUUUAUCUGGUUCUGAUUAAAACUGUAUACUAAAGAU